AUGUCGAACCGCUACUCGGUUUUCUCAACUCAGUCCGCUGGGCCCCGGCCGAUCUCUCAACAUGCCGGCCAGGUCUCGACGACCACCUUGCUGAAUGCCCUGCACUCGUUCUACACGGCCGGUCAGCCGUACCAGUUAGAUUCCAGUACGAGCUUGGCCGUCAACACCUGGGUGACGGCGGCCACGAUCCUUCCAGAUGGCCGAAAUGGAGCGGCCAUCGACCGUGACCUCGCGAUCCGGGCGUGGGAACACGCUCGCCGGCGGGCUGAGGAUGGCUGUAUUGUUCUCUGUUCCAUGCACCAGUCUACUCCAUCACUGCUGGAGCCCUUCAUUGCCGCCCUGCCCCUACCGACUCCAGAGACUGCGUUUACCGCUCUAGCAGCGCUACGGCCUUUUCUCUCGGCAGUGACCUCCUUCAAUCCUUCCUAUUCUUUGCACUCCGCCUUAUCGGUUUCCUACACCUUGACCCUCCAGGGCACAGUGGUCGGGCUGUCCUUGGCCCUCUCGACAGCCGGCAUCAAUGUGCGCAAGGGUCUUCUGGACAUCUCCAAUGAGCCUGGUUAUCGGGCAUUCGAUGUAUUUUACUACCUCCUGACAUCUGCCUCCACCCCCGCCGAGCGCGAAUUUCUCGCUUUAAAGGACCCUUCCGCUUAUGCAUUGCUCAACCGAUCCGGCACCUACACAACCCCGGCAUAUCUCCCCACCGCCGAUGAUACCGCCUCAGCAGAGGACCUUCGUGCAAACUUGAAGAGCAUUGGAAUUAAAGGUGCCAAUCAAAGAGGCCUACUGGCAGUUCUUGCCGGUCUCCUCAAACUGGGCAACGCUGCCGGGCUGAUGGUAGACCAAGAGGACCUAGAGGAUGUUUGUGAAGACGUCGGGGGUCUCCUCGGUGUAGAUCCCGAAGUCCUCCUCCACAGAUGCUCUACAGAUGAUCGUGAGGUCCUGAUUGCGGGGGUUUACGAGGCAGUUGUGGACUGGGUCAUCAGCAAAGCCAACGAAACCAUCGCUACUGAAAUUCACAACGUGCUGGAAAACCAUUCCAGCAAUGACGGUGCUGCUCAUUACUCGGAUGAAGACACAGUUGGUUUGACCGUAGUCGACAUCCCCCGGCCAGCGUUGGGUAAAGCGGUGGCCAUGCGAGGCGUCUUCGACGAUCAUUUGGGAAUCAAUGCUGAAAUGAAGGAGGACGGCAUCUCAAUCCCAGCCGUAGGCCAGUCUGUCGUCAAUGAAGUGAACAUCGCAGUGUCACAAGUCGAGCCUGAUCUUGGAAUCUUCGGCGGGGCGGCUGCGCGGGAACGCGAGCAUGACCUUGAUCGACGACAAGGCACCCUGGAGAAAGUUGCAGUGGAGGCCGAAUCGGAUUCUUUCCUGCGGCAAAUUUUGUUCCCAGUCGAGACCGAAGGGAUCUCUCUUGGGCGAGGACGCUUUGAUUUGGCUACGACUCUCGGUAGCAGCCGCGUCUGGUACCAUCUCUCUAUUCACCCCACUGACGACCUUCCCGAACAGCUCAGCGGCGUCAGCGCUGCCUGGUCCGCAGGCGCAGUCUCGCGCCAAUUGAGAGAUUGGCGACUGCCCGAGUGGGCUAAUCACCGCUCGAAGCAGCUUGACUUCACCGCCGACUUUGAUGUGGAUGAAUUUGUCGCUCGGUAUUCUCGUCUUGGAUGCUCUGACGGCCGAGAGGGUGUUGAAAGCUGGCUCCUUGAGAGAGGGUGGAGCAAUGGCGAGGCCGUGCUUGGCCAUGAGCGGAUCUGGAUGAGAGAAGGUGCUUGGUGGGAAGCUGAGUCGAUGCUCGACCUCAAGACCGAUGAUACUCCCUCGAACCCCUUCGGCUAUGGCGCUACCAUGUACGAGCCGGCUUUUACUCCUGAUGGAAAUCCCAUCGGUGAAGGAACCAAUCUGCUGGGAAGCCGUGAUGAUAUAAUGAUGCACAACCAGGCUGCUAUGGCCCCCAGUGUUAUGGGCGGUGCUGGUGCAGCGAAGUCCAUUGCACCUACCGGCUUCACCACUGCUCUUGGUCCUGGUGACUAUGGCCUUGGCCACAAGGGUGAUGACAACAAAGGAGACAUUGCCUACUACGAUGACUACGGUCGUUAUAUCGGCGAUCUCGAUCCUGAAUUUGGUGAUCCGAAACAUAUUGAGAAAAAGACGAUCACCUUCGGCCGUCGCGCCUGGGCCGGCUUCGUGUGGGCAUUGACCUUCUGGAUUCCAUCUUUCGUUCUCCGAUGGGUUGGUCGUAUGAAGCGACCAGAUGUUCGCAUGGCCUGGCGUGAGAAACUUGUCCUUGUACUACUCAUUCUACUCUUCAACGGUAUUGUCUGCUUUUACAUCAUUGCCUUCGGUGAUCUCCUCUGUCCGAACAAAGAUAAAGCAUGGAAUACCAAAGAAUUCUGGCGCUUGCAGCACAGUGAUAGCACUACUGAGACAACCUCGAGCAACAUGAAACCUUUUGCUGGGUUGAAUCUUGAUGCUUAUUUCCCUCCACCGCUGACUCAAUACUGCAAUCCUUUCGUCACCAGCCAGUCGAUCACGAUGCAGAAUAACGACACCAGCGCUGUCGAAUAUUCUGACGCUGUGCACGAUUGUGGACCACUUAAUUAUCCCUCAACAACGACCAAGCUCCACAAAAUCACCUGGUAUGGUAAUGUUUUCCUGCCAAAAAUUGCCGAUUACUACAAGGGCGAGCUUGUUUGGUCCAAGAGCACCAUCUCGAAGCAAGCCAACGACUAUUCGCGGUACUGGGUGAUUGUGAAUCAGAAAGUCUACGACCUGACGGAUUAUUUCUAUACUGCAAAACUGGAGAAUAACAUCGACAGCUAUACAUUCCUUCCGGACUCGGUGACCACGCUAUUUAAGAACUACCCUGGCACCGAUGUGACAGACAAAUGGCAGGAUACGGAAGAGUUUCGAAAUGCAGAGCGGUGCUUGGACUACGUCUUCUACAAGGGUAAAGUUGACUUCCGUGACAGUCCUAGAUGUACUGUCAACAACUGGAUCCUUCUUGCAUUCACCAUUCUCAUCUGUGCUGUCAUUCUUGUCAAAUUCCUCGCCGCUUUGCAGCUAGGAUCCAAGCGUCGACCGGCCCCUCAAGACAAGUUUGUGAUCUGCAUGGUCCCAGCCUACACGGAAGGCGAGGAUUCCCUUCGGAAGGGCCUGGACUCGCUGACUGCCUUGCAGUAUGACAAUAAGAGAAAGCUCAUCUUUGUCAUCUGUGACGGAAUGAUUGUUGGAGGUGGAAACGAUCGUCCCACGCCAAAGAUCGUUUUGGACAUUCUUGGUGUUGAUCCCAAGAUGGACCCUCCAGCUCUUCCUUUCAGAUCCCUCGGCCAAGGCAGCGAGCAACUGAAUUAUGGCAAGGUGUACUCUGGCUUGUACGAGUACGAAGGCAAUGUUGUCCCAUACAUCGUGGUCGUCAAGGUCGGAAAAGAGUCUGAACAGCGCAAGUCCAAGCCUGGUAAUCGUGGAAAGCGAGAUACCCAAGUCCUUCUGAUGCAUUUCCUGAACCGUGUCCACCACCGUGGUCCAAUGUCGCCUCUUGAGCUCGAAAUUUUCCAUCAAAUCAAUAACAUCAUUGGUGUGGACCCGGAACUUUACGAGUACUGCUUCAUGGUCGACGCGGAUACUAGUGUGAAAGAGGAUUCUUUGAAUCGUCUGGUGGCUGCUUGUGCGGCAGAUGCUAAGAUUGCCGGUAUCUGUGGUGAAACAAGUCUUCAGAAUGAAGAGCGGAGUUGGUGGACAAUGAUUCAGGUCUACGAAUAUUACAUUUCUCACCACUUGGCUAAGGCUUUCGAGUCUCUCUUUGGCAGCGUGACCUGUCUUCCGGGAUGCUUCUGUAUGUACCGUCUGCGCACUGCGGACAAGGGUCGACCUCUUCUAAUCUCAGACAAGGUUCUCGAGGAGUACGCCGACAAUGAUGUCGAUACUCUGCAUAAGAAGAACCUGCUGUCCCUUGGCGAGGAUCGUUUCUUGACAACUCUCAUGACCAAGCACUUCCCGACCAUGCGUUACAAAUUCAUUCCCGAUGCAUACGCCAGUACGGCUGCUCCUGAGCAAUGGAGUGUGCUUAUCUCUCAGCGUCGUCGUUGGAUUAACUCGACUAUCCACAACCUGGUUGAGCUGGCUGCGUUGAAGGAUCUAUGUGGUUUCUGCUGCUUUAGCAUGCGGUUUGUUGUGCUUGUGGAUCUCCUGGGAACUAUCAUUCUUCCCGCCACUUGUGUUUACUUGGGAUACCUGAUCUACCGCGUGGCUAGUCACACUGGACCGUUCCCUACAAUUGCACUUGUCAUGUUGGCAGGUGUGUAUGGUCUGCAGGCAAUCAUUUUCAUCAUUAAGAGGCAGUGGCAGCACAUUGGAUGGAUGAUCAUCUAUCUCAUGGCCUUCCCCAUCUACAGUUUUGUCUUACCGCUGUACUCCUUCUGGAAGCAGGAUGAUUUUACUUGGGGUAAUACCCGUGUCGUCAUUGGUGAAAAGGGUGACAAACGUGUCAUUGCUGUUGAAGAUGAGGGCUUCGACCCUCGCAGUAUUCCUCUGCAGCGCUGGGAUGAUUACGCGCUGGCCAACAAUCUCCCAGGCCGCCGGGGUGAACUCACUUCCAGCCAGGAGAAGGUCCACUACACUGGCCGCUACAUGGAUGACCAGGCGAUGGAGAUGGACGACAUGCAUUCACAAUACUCUUCUGUGAAGCCUGCAUCUACCAUCCUCACUGGCUUCCCCGGCCAUGGUCGUCAAGUUGGUCCGUACAUGCCCCCGCAAUCACCUGCGCCCUUGGUCGGGGGCAACGUGCCUGGCAACCGAAACUCGCACAUGUCCAGCUUCUCCCGCUACACCGAUUAUCCCCAGAUGGGCACUCAUUCGGCUGCCGCAUCCCGUCACAUGUCAAUCGGCAAUCUUAGCGGCUACCAAGAACACCCAGGUCACAGCAGUCGCCAUAGCAUUGGCCUUAUGCAAAGCAGUGAGAAUCUGCUUGCUUCGCGGUCUCGCAGCCCCUUAGGACAACUACCCUCGCGACCUGCGAGUACGGCUUUUGACUUCCGUGGUGUUGCCGGCAGUGGGCCUGAUGAACCUGCCAUCACCGAGGCUAUCCGCAGCUGCCUGGCAGAAGUUGAUCUCGACACUGUCACCAAGAAACAAGUCCGAGUUCUUGUCGAGCAACGCCUGCAGACCUCACUCACGGGUGACAAGCGUGCCUUCGUGGACCGCCAGAUCGACCAUGAGCUGGCGAGCAUGUGA